AUGGUUCCUCUGUUCAGCCCCUCUGGCUUUGGCCGUUUCAAGGAUAGCCAUGGCCGUUUGACAGCGACUGCUUCACAGAAGUCAGUUCCGUCGCCAAUGCCAUCGCCUUCACAACCUUCGCCUGAACCAAUGGCGACUGUACUUAUUGGUCCCAAACAACAGCGCUUCAAGAUCAAUAAGCAACUAUUAUGUGCAACUUCGCCUUUCUUUGCCGACCGUUUUGGCGAUCCUUCAAGUUCCAAGUCAAUCUCGUUAUGGCUACCUCGCGAAUCAUCCUCUAUGUUCGGUUUGUUUGUUGAUUGGGUUCACCUCGGUCUCCGGUUUCGUCCACAUCUUGAUGAGAUGAUUUCUAAUGCCUACGAUGCCGGCCUUGAAGCCUCGCAAAACAUUCACUGGUCUCUAAUCCGCUUGCACCUCUUUGCAUCGCGCCUUGGGCUCUAUCGACUUCAGGACCUCGCCAUGGACUCCAUCCAAGACCUCUAUCUUCGCUGCGAUUGGGACGUUCCCUCUGGUCUCAUCACUUUCCUCUACACAGAAUGCGAAGAUCUCGCUGCUAUCCGACUUCGACGAUGGGCUGUCGCCAUGGUCGCCUUCUCCUUUACCGGCGGGCCCCGUCUCACCUUCCAUCCUCAGGAAUCUGCUACUUCGGAACCCACCCGCUUCAGUGAUCUACUCGAAGAACUUCCGGAAUUUGCAAGCGACUAUGACAUACAUAUGGAAAAAAUGCGGCUCUCAGGUCUCGACAUUCGCUUCAAGAACCCGCAGCUGCGCAUUCCAGCUAACCGCCUCCGCAAUGACGAACGCGCAUUUGGUUUCCGUCAAUGUUCUUUCCACUCACAUCGCUCAAGCGUUGGCGAGCGACGAUGCCCUCACGAAUCAGGCUCAACAAAGCACCGCCGUGUUUAUCAAUCAUCGGUAAAGGAUUCAGGGCCAGAGUCCACAGGUUUAAGCGCCCCAACCCGGAGAUAUCGCGAUGUCGUGCCCAGACCACUCUUUUCCGGACCAGUAGACUCAGAUAUCGGGGAGGACGACGAUGACGAGAUUUCAAAAGCGAUAAAGCAUGUGAGAUCUAUUUCAAGUACACUCAAGACCUGA